CUAAAAAGGCAGGUAGCACAGCGGAUAGCUGCGCGCACAAGCACGUGCAAGUAACAUGAAAUCCGGCGGAGUUGUACUUUCCUUUGUCUGGGGUGUCGUUGCUGCCACUGCCAGUGGAACAAGUUAUGAAAUCCCAGAAGAAAUCACAUUUCAGGUUUACGUCGCUUUCGACGACGUCCUGCAUACCCAUUUUAGCAACACCAAUCGGGCAACGCAGUACACCAGCGUGUUCUUCAACGCAAUUAACCUCCACUUUCGAAAGAUGCAGAAUCCGAGAAUCAAGUUCGAAGUCGUCAUGUUUCACAGUCAGUACAUCCCCUUUACGAAGCCUGCUCUUAUCUUGGGUGACUCAAAAUAUGAAGUGGAUGCUACCAGCAGCCUCGGUUCCCUCUACAACUUCACACGUACAAAAACACAGUUCGAGCCGUCAGAUAUUGUGUUUGUCUUCUCAGGACGAAAAGUAUACACCGUGGACAUCAACGGCCACAGGAGUUAUUAUCCACAAGGUCUCACCUGGGAGGGACGGAUAUGCAAUGCUACCAAGAAGUUCAUUAUCGUUAGCGACAUAGGCAAGCACUUCAGCGCCUUGCCCAACGCUGGGUUCCAGCUCUCUCGCCUUCUGGGUGCUCCUUCGGCAUGCACGCCGAAUUUUGGUAAGCUGGAAGGCAACUUUAUGCCCUUUGUGCUCACGGAUUGCGCUAUGAACGCCAUUAGAAAGUUUCUUCAUUUCAGACAGGACUGCCCCGAUACAAGAGCAGAAGCAUCAGUAGUCACAGUAGUAGGGGCCUUUGCUGGAAGUGUCCAAGCAAUGGUGGAGAGGUCAGUGCGGUACAGGUGGUCUGGAAUGAAGAUUCGCAUUCAGGGCUCCGUGUGAAGAUUCCAGUUGAACUAGGCUUGUUGGCGAGCAGCAAUCUUCGAGAAAUCUCGUGUGAAUCAUCGAUGAAAGUUUGCGGCUUGUAUCCACGA